AUGCGCUCUCAGCUCUGGAUCUCAGUACUCCUGGGACUCGUUCUGGGAGUGAUAUUCCAAACUUCCGCACAGGACUAUCGGGUCAUUUGUGGAAAACGAAAAGUGAAAACAAGCUACCUUAUUCUAAAUGGGCUGGAUGCAAAGCCGGGACACUGGCCAUGGCAUGCAGCCAUUUACUAUAAGAAAAACGAUAACGUGUUUGACUAUAAAUGCGGUGGAUCGAUUAUAGACGGAGACACCAUCCUAACAGCCGCCCAUUGUGUCUUCCAGACUGGUGUGAUAAGGGCAAGCAAAGUCUCAAUCCAAGUCGGCCGUAUCCAUAUUACGGAAGAAACAGACUACACGCAGAUACAUGAUGCACGGGAAAUAAUAGUGCAUCCUAAAUUUAGAUCAGAUCAAAUUUACAACGACAUCGCUCUAAUCAAACUGGCAACGAGCAUCAGCAUGACGAAGUUUGUGCAACCUGUUUGCUUGUGGAAUUUGGACAUUAAUUCAAACCCAAUCGUCGGUAAGAACGGUACCAUCGUCGGGUUCGGGUUGACUGAAGCGAAUACCGUAUCAGAGACUUUGAAGCAAACGUUAGUUGGUGUCGUUGAUGGAUUGACUUGCGUGGAGCAGGAUCGUGAAGUAUUUGGUAAUCAGCUUACAACCGAAAUGAUUUGUGCCAGGGGACAGGAAGGUGCUGCUGCUUGCAGAGGAGACAGCGGUGGUGGCAUGUUUUUCGAAAUCGAAGGCAAAUGGUUUGUUCGUGGUAUUGUAUCUUUUACACCACGGUUAACUAACGACUUCCUGUGCGAUGCAUCAGCAUACACUGCCUUCACUGACGUCGCAAAAUACUUUGACUGGAUAAAGGAUUAUGUUGAUCCUCUUGUGUUGUCCGUUAGCGCUGAUACUAUUGAAGUUGAUUACGAUGAUAAGCUUAAGCUAUUUGAUCUGAACACGUGUGGUAUCGUGUCGAACACGGUUGUUGCUGAUGGUGAACGCUGGACAUUACCCUGGCUCGGAUUUGUGGGCAUCUAUAAAUCCUCGAAUAGUACGAUCGAUAAAAGAUGUGUAGUUACGUUACUAAAUGAAUGGUACGCUGUCGGACCGGCACAUUGCUUCGAAAACGACGGCUUGGAACGAAGAGUACUUUUUGGAGGUAAUACAGAACUGACGGAACCGAGGUGUGACGAUCGCAAGAGACCCUGUGAAAGUCCAACACAAAUGCAUCAAAUUCAACGAAUCAUCAUCCAUCCAACGUACAGCCUCAAUAAUACUGCCGACGACAUAGCACUUAUUGAGUUGCUUAACCCAGCGGAUACAACACAACCGAAUGUACACCCAAUCUGUAUACCCAUUAUACCCAAACUGCGCACCAACUUUACAGGAGACCUUUCAAUUGCGUCCCAUGUGUCUUCUCCACCUGCCUUUGCGAGCAAACCAGUCGAUUACAUCAGUGCUGAGGACUGUACUGAUGAGUAUGCCCGAGAAGAGUUCCCUCUGUUCCUCGAAAGUAAGCGACUUUGCACCUUAAUCACUAAAAGAGCGGCAAAGGACUGCAUUCAGCUGAAAGCAGGAGUUCCACUCCAGCAGCUGAGGAGGUUCAACGGAAGAAGGCAAUAUUUUCUACGAGGCUUCGAUUUAUUUGGUCUUGCGUGUUCAACAUCGCUGCCGUCCGUUUAUAGCAACAUAAACAACUAUCUGGACUGGAUACUGUACAACAUGAGACACGAUAUAUUGGAUAUAACUGAUGAAACUCCAAAAGUCGAAGACUCUGAUAUAGAGAAAAGUUGGAAUACACUAUACGAUGAUCCGGAGCUCGAAAAACUAUCCCUGUUCAAUCUAGAUACGUGUGGAGUUACGUCGCUGAACGUCGAUACGGUCGAUGAACGCACGUUCUAUCCCUGGAUGGGAUUAUUGGCAACGCACAAGAACACUAUGGAGGCAGUAUCGUACAUCGAAAGUGCGAUUACUUUGAUCAGUGACAGAUACGCAUUGGUUCCAGCUCACAUUGUAAGCAACUCUGUGUCAUGGCGUUUCGUUAUUCUAGGAUACUGCAAUUCUUUGCUUCUAGUAAAUUGUGUCAAUUCCCCGUGCGAUCACUUAUUCAACAAAGUAGAAAUCAAGAACAUACUCAUCCAUCCUUUGUACGAAGGUGACCCCAAGAGCCACAAUAUCGCACUGAUAGAGUUUAUGAAUCCAGCGGAUCUAACCCAUCGCUAUAUCAAUCCUAUAUGCUUGCCUCUGACCGAAGAGUUGCGCAAUCGCAAAGCGUCGGAAUUGACUUUAGUUCCUUUUCGAAACUAUGAUAACGAGAUUAGAAAUUUAACGCUAAUACCUCCCUCCACUUGUCAAGAACGGUUUGCACAGGAGGGAUUCGUAACCACCCUUAAAACAGCUCCACUAUGCGCCGAAGAUACGAACAAAGCUAUCACAGAUCGAGUGUACCUCAAAUCCGGUGCAAUGUUGCAAACUUCAUCACGGAUUGGCGAAAAAGAUCGAUACUUCCUCAGGGGCAUAAACAUAAUGAACGACACUCUGAAAGAAGGAUAUGAAUACAUACCGUAUUCAUUUACGGACAUCGACCUUUACCUUGACUGGAUUUUAGAAAACAUGCGUCAGGAAAAUUACCAGGAUAGAAUCGAUGCAAACGAUCUAGAUGAGGGUCAAUCCAUAGACUUUGGUCCAGUAAACCUUCCUGCAUUAAGAUCUCGUUCUAAGAAGAGAUUAAUUAACCUUAAUACGUGUGGAGUGUAUCCAGAUACCAAAAAUACGAUGAACAGGCUCUACUCACCUUGGUUGGGAUAUGUGACAGCUCAUCCGGAUCCGAAAGAUCUACUGUGUAUGGUAACAUUGGUAAGCGAAUGGUAUGCCGUGGGUCCAGUUCACACGCUAAUUGAUCGUACGGACCUCAAAUUGCAGGUUGGCAGUAUGUUCGACUCAUCCGAUGUGGUGUGUGAAGAUGGCGACCAGUCUACGCUAUGCGUUCCUGAAUUGCAGAAAAUCCCAGUACAGCGAAUGAUUGUUCAUCCGCAGUACAACCGUUCCGAUAACAGCAACGACAUUAUGUUGCUGGAGCUGUCUCGACCAGUGAGAAAUCCUCAGAUAAACCCGGUCUGCCUGCCGGUCGACAAUCAGAUUCGCAGCUACGACAUUUCAAACUUGAGGGCCCACGCCUUCAACUUGCUCACACUGAACUUCGUGGCUAGGAAGCUGGACGAACACACGUACUUUACUUCCUCCGAGUGUCAAACGCGAUGGAACAAACUGGCACUGAAUUGGGAGCUCGAAAAUGUCACACAAUGCAUAAUGGCGCAAUACUCACCAAACACCGAAUGUUUGACUUCUCUUCCAGGGUUUCCAAUAUACACGGCCCAAAAAAUUAAUGGAGUCGAAAGACACUUUCUGCGCGGAUUUGCAAAAGCAUGGCCAGUUUUUUGCAGUAAAUACUAUCCGGUCAUUUAUACUAACAUCGACACUUACCUGGACUGGAUACUGGAAAAUAUGGACGGAAGCUUAAAUUACAAAAAAUUGUCUUUCGAUCUACAAAGCAGACUACAACUUGUGUAG